AUGAUUAAAAGUGCAUGUAGGUGUAUAGGUGUAUUGAGCUAUUUUUUAUAUGUUUUCGGUCGAAGACAUUGCCAUGGGUUCAGAAGUCUUACAAGUUGCGGAAGUAGAAUAUUGAUAAUGUAACUAUUUUUAAUUGAAAGUUAGAAUUAAGUACAUAGAUUAGCUAUUUUAGGAAAUAUAGAUACUGUAGGAAGCUUAUUAUACAUUAGCUCUAGCCCAGAGCCCUAGCAUUAGCAGUAGCCAUAGCACCUAGCUUAACCUGCUUUACUCUACCUUGUCAUGCCCUAGCCCCAGUUUUGCCUUAGCCUUGCCCUAGCCUUGCUCUAGCCUUGCUCUAGUUUUGUCUAGCCCUGCCCUGCCCUGCCCUGCCCUGCCCUAGCCCUAGCCCUAACCCUAGCCCUAGCCCUAGCCCUAGCCCUAGCCCUAGCAUUACAGGGCUUUAAGAAUAUAUAGGUCUCGACCUAAAGUCGAGGUACGAUUUAAGUGACUUCCCAUGUAAGUUUAAAUAUAAUGUAAGCCCAAACCUACGUUUGAUACAGAGGCUGAGUCUGAGCCUGAGUCUGAACCUGAGCCUGAGCUUGAGCCUGAGUUUGAGUCUGAGCCUGAGUCUGAACCUGAGCCUGAGCUUGAGCCUGAGUUUGAGCCUGAGUCUGGACCUGAACUUGAGCUUGAGUUUGAGCCUGAGUCUGAGCCUGAGCUUGAGCCUGAGCUUAAGCCUGAGCUUGAGCCUGAGUCUGAGCCUGAGCUUGAGCUUGAGCCUGAGCUUAAGCCUGAGUUUGAGCCUGAGUUUGAGCCUGAGCUUGAGCCUGAGUCUGGACCUGAACUUGAGCCUGAGCUUGAGCCUGACUUUGAGCCUGAGUUUGAGCUUGAACUUGAGCUUGAGCUUGAGUUUGAGCCUGAGUCUGAGCCUGAGCUUGAGCCUGAGCUUAAGCCUGAGCUUGAGCCUGAGUCUAAGCCUGUGCCUAAUCCUGAGUCUAUGCUUAAGCAAGUACCUCCAUUCUAA